CCUUCCAGAUGUUACGGUCCGCCUGCGUCUCUCAGCACGCCGGUGGCAUUUGGGUUGACCGCGGAGGCCCCCAGUGCCAGAGGGUGUUCACGUUCUGCCGUGGGCUCAGCCCAAACUUUGGACGCUCAGAGACCCAACGGGAGCGCUGGAUAAGGUGUUGACCCCCUUCCCCUCCCCCUUCCCGGCCAGUUACCCACUCCUGGACUUUGAUCUCUCUCCACCAGGCCAGGACAGCUGAUGGUUGUGGCAGAAACAUCUCAAGGUAGCUGGUCCGCCCCCACUUCCCCAUCUACCUCUUGUCCUCCCCCCCACACCACCACCACCCUGGCUCCCCUCCCUCAUGACCGCCUGGAUCCUCCUGCCUGUCAGCCUGUCAGCGUUCUCCAUCACUGGCAUAUGGACUGUGUAUGCCAUGGCUGUGAUGAACCACCAUGUAUGCCCUGUGGAGAACUGGUCCUACAACGAGUCCUGCCCUCCUGACCCUGCUGAGCAAGGGGGCCCCAAGACCUGCUGCACCCUGGACGAUGUCCCCCUCAUCAGUGGCCCUGAUCUGCCUCCUGCGCUACGGGCAGCUCCUGGAGCAGAGUCGGCACUCUUGGGUUAACACCACGGCACUCAUCACAGGCUGCACCAACGCUGCGGGCCUCUUGGUGGUUGGCAACUUUCAGGUGGAUCAUGCCAGGUCUCUGCACUACGUUGGAGCUGGCGUGGCCUUCCCUGCGGGGCUGCUCUUUGUUUGCCUGCACUGUGCUCUCUCCUACCAAGGGGCCACCGCCCCGCUGGACCUGGCUGUGGCCUAUCUGCGAAGUGUGCUGGCUGUCAUCGCCUUUAUCACCCUGGUCCUCAGUGGAGUCUUCUUUGUCCAUGAGAGUUCUCAGCUGCAACAUGGGGCAGCCCUGUGUGAGUGGGUGUGUGUCAUCGAUAUCCUCAUUUUCUAUGGCACCUUCAGCUACGAGUUUGGGGCAGUCUCCUCAGACACACUGGUGGCUGCACUGCAGCCUACCCCUGGCCGGGCCUGCAAGUCCUCUGGGAGCAGCAGCACCUCCACCCACCUCAACUGUGCCCCCGAGAGCAUCGCUAUGAUCUAAGGUCUGGGGAGGGUGGCUGGCCCGGCCUCCGCAGCACCCCACCCCAUAUCUUCUUUCCAUUUAUUUUGUACCAAAAACAAUUUUGAGAAAGUAUUCUGUUGGGAUCUGGGCUUCCUCACUUCUGGAGAAGUGGCCAUCCCAUGCCCACCUGUGCCAUAGAGGAGUGGGCCCUGCCAGCUGCCACAGCUGCAUGACCUGCUUCCCCACCCCACGGUGUUGUUUUGUUUUUAAAGGUCACCUGUCCUCACUCACCCAGCCAGCCCUUCAGGUGCCUUCUACUCCCAGUGCCAAAGCCAGACCACUGGGGUUUCCUGCUGCAGGAAUUGGGGGCUGGGAACAGCAGAGGGGAUAGAAGUCUGGUGGAGGUGGAGUGGGCACGCCUUAGCCUACGGAAAGGCCCAUUUCUGGGCCCACUGAGCUGCACUGGGAUUCUUCACUCUGCCCCUCACUUCCUUUAGGGCAAAUAACACAGCAGAACCACGUGGGUAUUUUAGUACUUUUUUUUAUAUUAAAAGAAUUCUAAUUUGCA